UGUAAGUCAAGCAAGCUUUGACAAGCUGGUCGAAAAAGCUCUAGCCAUAUGACAUUGGCAGUAUCAAAAGUCGGUAGAUAUAAUAUAAAAAACGGGCAAUCGCAUCGUGGCCCCAGUUGUUUACCAAGCGUGAACGCAGGCGGAGAUUAGUGAACGGAAAGACCAGCCCGGAAGAUGGCACUCAAGUUUGCAGCGAACCUGAACUUUUUGUUCACGGAGAGGGCGACGACGAUCGCGGAGCGGAUUCGUCUGGCCCACCAGAACGGAUUCCGAGCGGUAGAGAUACCCUAUCCCGAGGGCGAGACGAGUGACGUGGUGUCCGCCGUGAAGGAGACGGGAGUGGUGGUCAGUCUGGUGAAUCUGGCCUUCGACAAGAGCGACGAUCAGCUGCGCUUCGGCUCCACCAGUGUGCCCGGCUCGGAGAAGUUGUUCCGUAGCCAGUUGGACGCCACCAUUGACUUUGCCCGCCAGGUAAACUGCGGCAAGAUCCAUCUCACCGCCGGACUCUUCAAGGGCGGCCAGGAGAGCGACUACACAAAGACGUACACCUCCAAUCUGAAGAUCGCCGCCGAUAGCCUCAGAGCCAGCAAAAUGAUCGGCGUGAUAGAGCCAAUUAACAAGUACGCCGUGCCCGGCUACUACAUGAACUCGUACUCCAAGGCCGCCGGUAUACUGGCCGAUGUGGCUGCGGACAACAUCCAACUGCUGGCCGAUCUCUUCCACCUGCAGCAUUUGCACGGCAACGUGUCCAAGACGCUCGAGGAGUACAAGGCCCUCAUCGGUCACUUCCAGAUCGCCCAGGUGCCGCAUCGCCACGAGCCGGACGUUUCAGGCGAGCUGGACUACGGCUUUGUGUUCAAGGCUCUCCAGGACUUCGGCUAUGACGGAUGGGUGGGCUGCGAGUACAAGCCCAAGACGACCACUGUCGAGGGUUUGGGUUGGGUCUCCAAGCUGGGCUACACGCUGUAAUUACCGGAUCGCAUAUGGCACAAGGAACUGCUCUGCAUUUAUACACAUGUAUUUACACUUCUUACAAACAUAAAGAUGGUUUAACCAAA